AUGGAAGUCGGCUCAAAAUUUGAAAACGUGGUUGAUUUCAGGAGAGCUUUGAACCACUUUGCAGUCACAAAUGAGUUUCACUACUACAUUCAGAAAAGUGACCCGACACGAUUCACAACAAGGUGUGAAAACCUAGAAUGUGAGUGGAGAAUUCAUGCUUCUAUUACACAAGAUGAAGUUACCUUUGAAGUUAAGAAAAUGGUAGAAGUACAUACUUGCACUCGAAGCAACAAGGGUGGCAAUAAGCGUGCCACUCAAGGUUGGAUUGCUAAUGUAGUAACUGCCAAGUUGAAAUCUGAUGGGGAUGUCUCUCCAUAUGAGCUUAGAAAUUGGAUUAUGAAAACUUACAAUGUUGACGUGCCGUACCUAAAAGUUUUUAGAGGGAAAGAGCAAGCUUAUACCGACAUGUAUGGUAAGUGGGAAGACUCUUUCAUGAAGACGGACGAAUUUAGAGAAUAA